AGUCGAGUAUUGCAUCUCUUUGUAAGCGCACGAAGUUCGAGUUUUGCUGUUGCUUUCAAACUGCGUUACGACAACACGGUGAUUUGUUCUUUUUCUCUCACAUACAUACAACAACAACGAAAAAAAAAUUGUUGUUUGAUGUUUUGUUGCUUUCGAUCUUUCUGAAGUGGUUUUUAGUCGGAUUUUAAAGUGAAUAAGCAACGCGUUAUGAAAUAAGGAAUGAUCGUUUCUUGUCUUUGUAAAUGCGAGCACAAUCGACGCAUUUCGUAUGUGGAAAAAAGAGGUCCAUGAACCUAAGAUAUCUGCUGGGCAGGAUAAAUCGAAUGCACAUUUGAUUCGCCGAAAAAUUGAUUCAAACGUGGAUUAUGGUGAGAACGAAUCGGUGAACGUAUCAAUUGAAUAAGAAUAAAACCGUUUUUGAAGUGAAUGCAAACAAAACACUCGAUUUCACGCACCACAUUCGCUGAGUGAAACAUACAAAAGCGUCAAAAGAUUUCAUUUUUCACUGAUAGAAACCAACAUCAUUUAUGUCAAUCGCGUGAAAAGGACCGAUCAGUGUAGGCCCCACACAAACAAUUCCCGAACACACAAUCUUUCUCAAGUUGACAGUUGAGUUUUUAUUUUGUUUCUCGUUCGAAACGACGUGCAUUUGUGAAUGAUAAAAAUUGAAUUUUUUUUAUUUCGUUGUAAAAAAAUUCGGAAUUGUUAUCAGGAUUUGAAGAAUUUUGCGAUUUUCGUUACGGAAAGCAACGAAAAUUGGUCAAUAAUAUAAUAUCGAAUCGAAUAAUUGAAACGUCGGGAAAAUAUAACACAUUCAAUGAAUGGACAAACUGCAUGUGGCAAAUUUGAGGUGGCAGUGUUAAUCAUCAAAAGCAACUAAAAACAUCGAUGUCAAUCCAUAUGAAAAAAAAAAUUUGGUCAAUUACAAAAUAGUUCAGGUGAUUAAAAGCAAUUAGUGUGCUAUACAAAAACCGAAAACUUUAAUUGAGCAAAAUACAAUCCAGCCAUAGAGUGAAUAAAGUUUAUCCUCGUACGUUCGUCAAGCAAACAGAAAGAAACAAACAACAAAUCCGAUUGUACAUUGAACUGCUCUGAUAACCUAAAUUUUUAAAUAACUUUUUUUUGUUAUUGAGUUGAUAAUCACUUAAAUAACAUUCGAAUUUAAUAAAAGAAAAAGAAGGAGCCGAAAAAAGAGUUCACCUGAACUGAAGGAUAAAUCGGUGUGUUUAAAGUGAAAUUGUUUGGGUUUUGUUGUUGUUGUGGUUAUUGUUGGUGUAUACAUGCACAGAGUUGGUGUGCGUGUGCAUAUGAGAAAGCGUAUGAAAAAGCCUAAAUCAUUGCACGGCAUGUGAGCAGAGAGGAACACACAUCGAAAACAAUUGGAAAUAAAAGAUUGAAUUUCUGCCCAGAAUCCAAAACUAGAUAUAAACCACACGCCGCCUUGCAAACUACUUGGUACUUGUGUGUAAUUUGAAGAGAAAAAAAAACCAAGAGAAAUGUGAAACGAAUAAAAUGGUUGGAAAAUGGUCGAAUGUCUAAAGUUUGGUAUUUUAUGUGAUACUGAUAAUUGUUUGAUACACUAUUCGAGUGCAACAGUGGAACCGCAUUAAAUUAUUAGUGAAACCAUAUACGAGAGCGAGAGAUAGACUCCAUCCGUAUAAUACCCAUAACAACUCGAUGGACGUACGAUGAAACAAACGUCGAGGGGGAAAGCAUGUUAAACGCAUGUAUCCAUAUGGUUUUCAAUAUUACGAUAAGCCACGAAAUUUAAUCGUAUUCGGCGCUGUUUUGUCUGCACACAACUAGCAUCCGCCCAACAUAAUGAUGGACUUGGUGGCCGGGGACGUUUAAUAUAUAUAUAAAUCGACUGUAAACUACGUUUGAACAAAAUUGAAUUGAUUUUCCUGUGCACAGUAUUUUAUUAUGAUCCGCUAUGGUUUUAGGCAAAAUACAACAAAAUAACAUUAAAAUAUCCCAAAAAAAAGAACACACAUUAGCUAAGAGCGUGUAUCAAUAGAUCAUCUAACUGUAAAUCCGUACAGUAAACAAUAUUAAUACGAGUUUCACUGGAAUCAAUUUAUAUGCAAACACACGAUCCGGUGAUUGGGUGCGUCCCCUCCAUUUGAUCAAUUCCAAUCAAUUUUCUGCUAGAAUUCUCUUUUCACGACAUAACAAAACACAGAGAGCCUAGUCGAAAGGAGAAGAAAACAAAAAUUCUGUUGAAAUUCCAUCCCAAUCAAAUGCGGCAUUCGUAUCGACUGACGACAGCGUCUAUAUGAGACAAACGGGCCAUUAGCUGAAAAAAAAGGAAGCCCAACUCAAAUCAACGACAGCAAUCCACGAAUUCUUGCGAUAACAGUUCCACAUCAAAACGAGAAUAAAGGACCCAUAAAACGGCAAUCAAUUGUGUGUACACGGCAAGACAAGAAGAAAACAGAACGCAGAGGAGUCUUGACAGUCAAUUAUUAAAAUGAACAUUUUACUCUUUUGAUUGGCACUACAUCAACAUACGAUUCGUUUUACUUCAUUCGUCGUGCUAUUUUGCAUUCUUAAUUUAAAUUAGUAACACUUCCGCAAUUUCUGCUGCAAACACCGUACGACGACUGAAACUGAGCAGACAGUUUCCAAUUCGAUUUUCUUCAAAGAUUAUACCAAAAAAAAACCGAAGAGAAAAAAGGGAGAAUAGAUAGAAUUUUGCAACUGAGAUAAAUUACGAGCUUUGGAUUGUGAAUGUUUUCAAAAAUCGUCGAUGCAAACGACAACGAGAGAACAACCUGUUUCUGUCCAACACCACCACCGCCUCCAUCUUCGCUAUCAUCAUCGGCACUAUCGUCAGCAGCCAAUACAUCGACGGCCUCACGUCGAAGCAAACUGUAUACUUCGAUUAGUAAGAUAAUUGGUUUUCGAGGGAACAUGGCCGCUACCGAUGGUCAAAUUAUUUUGGCUGCGUCCAGAUUUGGCGACAUUCCACCGGUUUAUCUCAGAGACUUCUCAAAAACUGAAUUACCAGCCAUUGCCAAAAUAGUCAAAGGCCAACAUCAAAAUUUGGGUGUGCCAACACUGUCGAAUCCAUCGUUGCAAAGCACGGCCCUGUUUCUGAAUGCUGGGAAAAAGUACCAAAUUUUAGCGCAGCCGAUCAAAAUUAAAGAAGGACGGAAACCAACCAGUGUCGGGCCCAAAGUUCUGAUACCAGAAACAUAUCCUGGCUUCUUUGAACUACUCAGUGAAGAUGGACGAUCAACACGUUGCAUCGAAUCUGUCUUAGAUCUCUCUCGUAAACCAAAUCUUCGUGUGCUAGUACGCGAAACGUUUCGAUGUAAUCAUUUAAGCAAAACGAUCCAUGCCGGCGAAAUACUGACAACGAUGUACGACAACGGCAAAUAUUUGAAAUGUAAAACGCAAAAGGAUGAAGUCAUUAGUUUGCCACUAGAAGCCAAAGCAAAAUUUUCGCCAUUUGCUAAAGAGGACAGCAUAAGUGGUGUGCACACGGUGAAAAAUUUACUCAAAAAACGAAUGCCAAUUGUAGUCAGGUUAGUUCAUGGUAAUGCUCCAAAGGGAUUGAAACAACCAUUUGUGCCAGAAUUACGCUUGCUCGGGUGUGUUGAAGUGGAUCGUGUAUUCGCACUGCCAUUGCAAAAGGAUACCGAUCUGGUGGCUGUACCAUUGAAUGCUAAAAUUAAAUUGCAACGCGCUAAAAACAUGGAUCAAUUGGAGAAUUUUAUCGAAUACGGACGAUUUCUGGAGAAGGCUCAACGCUUGUUGACCGAUGCCCGUGAUCGUUUGCAAAUCGUUGACUUGAAGCUGUCGGACAAAGAGAAAAAAGAAUCGAAGAAUAUUAGUCGUAAAAUACCAGCAUUGAUUGGCGGUGGCGGUGGUACUCUGGACAGCGGCUAUGUGCUCAGGAAAAGUAUGAGCUGUGAUUCAGCGAAAUACAUGUAUCAAACCGACCUAACGCCAUUGGCCGACGACUAUGAUGAUAUCGAUCAAAUUUAUGAUUAUGUACGCGGUUUUGCUCCACUGCCGAAAAAUUUGAAUCGCUUCGAUUCAAUGAACGAACCCAUUCACAUCGUUCAAACCACACCGAACCAAGUGAUCCACGCGACCAUGAAAAGUGUCGAUAAUCAAUCAAAAUCACAACCGGACAGCGGUAACUACAGUCUCAUCAAAAGUAGCAGCAAUAAUAACAACAGCCUCGAAUCGAUCAAGCAUUCGAACAACAAUUAUCAUCAGCAUCAUCACUACAGUCAAAUUGUGCCACCCAAUCAAAUUCAGGACGAUGGCAAACCGAUUCCACCGCCCAUCGAAACAAUUCCAUCGAAAAAAUUACCCGAGAAACGUCAUCGGCCAACGUUACCAAAACUCUAUGUGAAGAAUGCAUGCAAUCUGCAUCCAAAAUCACCAAACGGUAACAUUUCACCCGGCAAUGGCAAUUUGAAUGGCAACGUAAAUGGUAAUGGAAAUGGAAAUGGAAAUGGUGUCGUGAUCAAUAACAAAGAUGGUUUAGAACCUCAAAGCCCUCUAUUUCAUAUUAGAUAUAAAAGUCUAAGUAGUUUGCAAUUGACACCCGAUUCAACUACGCCAAUAUCAACGGUACCCAAUGGCCAUGACAAAAUUAUCAAUCACAAAUUAAGUAAAAGUGCCAGUACACAGUGUGCUCGUGAGGGAACACUUGAUUCGUCACGCAGCGGUGGCCGCACAUCCGGUGAAUCCGGAAAAUUGCCGGAGAAAAAGACGCGUCGACUGUCGCGCCCACGAAGCCUAUCGAAUUUAAUGUGGGAACUGCGGCCACAAAAGGAAAAAUCAAAAAAGAAAUUAUACGUGCACCAUUUUGAUCAUCGACAACAAGGGACGCUGUAUCUUUAAAUCCAAAACUCAUACUUGACGCAUCCAACACAUUUUGUUAUCGCAUAAUCGUCAAAUAGAGCAAAAGUUUAUUAGCUUCGCAUUUUGAAUUGGUUGAAGCAGAAUUGCCAUCGAAUUUGCAACAAAAAUCCAUACUUUCCACAGUUUGUCAAGCUCAUCAAACUUAAAUCAACACUGUUUCAUAUCUGAUUGACGCAAGGAAUCAUCAGUCUUUGCCAAAGACUCUUUGGAUUCGUACAUUGCACAAAAAGAGAAAAGCGACACUUUUUCAUUACACUUUUCAAUUCUACUUUACUCCAAACAUCUAAAUACUCUAUAGCUGUUCAUCGUCAAACUAAACGAGGCAUUAACGAAAAUCAUAAAACAUAAAGUCACCUACGGACUGGAAAUAUAAUAGAAAAACAAAUUAAACACACAACAGAAACAGGGAAUGUUCUCACUGAUUUGAAGCCAAUAUUCAUUGUUCCGAGAGCAUAGUUGUUUUUUUCUCUCGUAGUAAAAAGAGAGGUAAAGAAGGAAAAAGUAGUAGCAAUUAGUAAUGACAAAUUGAUUUUGAUCACCUUGGUACGAUAGUCAAAUACUUUGAAAACCAUACAAAUUUGCAUGAAAAAAAAAAACAGAAACCAACACUUGGGUCGUAUGACCAAUUGCUUGUAUGACAGAUCAAAACUAUUCGACGACUAUUUCCAUUCUAACUGAAAAUUGAAGGAAAAAAAACUUUUUUCUUUCGAAAGAAAAACAAUUCACUUGAGCUCUUAGGCGAUUCGAUUGAUUAUUUUUUUUUAGUUGUAAAGCAAAACAAGAGAAAAGUCUUAAAUUGUGAUGUACCGUUUUACGUUAUUUUUUAAUUGACACAUUUACAUAUUAUGUUUAUUUUUGUCGCCUCUAAAUGUGUUUUUAAGUAGAAAUUGAAAUACUUAGAUUUUGUUUGCAGUGAUCCGUACAGCGUGUAAAUUAUAACCACCAAGCCGUUACAGAAUUUAGAGAAGAAACAGAGAAAAAAAAAUCAAUAAAAAUUGAAAGAAGAACCCAUGAACUGUUACCUGUGCUAGCCACAGGGCACAUAUGAGCUCAAAUCUGAACAUUUUGUUCCAAUAUUAUCGAACAAAGUCAAGAUUAAAUUUCAUCAAUCACACCUUAAAACCGUCUGCUCGUGCGUGUUCACUACACCCAUUUGUUGAUGCAUUUUUAUCUUGGUCGCUAUUUCGAAUAUAUUUGUUCUCAAAACGAUUUCGAGUGAUUGUGCUAAAAUAAAUUGGAUGGCGGUUAUAAAUUUACAGUCGAUAGUUAUAUUCAAAUAAGUUUCGUGAACAACAAAAUAAAACAAACAAACAAUAUAAGAAAUUUAAUUUUUUUACCAGUUUCAAGGUCAGAUUUACCUGUGUAUUUCCAAUCCGGAAAGAAAUCGGUGUGUGAGUUAAAAAUUAAUGUAUUGAAUGUUGAAUACCAAAAAAGAAAUAUAUAAAUACCUAUGAAAGAAACCA